AAAAGAGAGAAAUAAAGCAAGGCAAAGGCAAGAGAGAAAGAGGGUCUUCUUCACUCUCUCUUCACUUCACACACUAUCUCUCUCUCUCUCUCUCUCUCUCUUCUGCUUGGGGUUGAGCUCCCCCACACUUUGCACGCCUUUAAGCUCACAUAUUCAAUUCAAUCUGCCUUCAAAGUCCUCGCCUUUACCUUUUUCCCUUUUAACCCUUUUUUUUUCUUGGUUUGUCUCUCCUCUCCUCUCACCUCCCCGCAUUUUUUUUCCCUCCCCUCCUCCUUGUGUUGCCUCUUCAGAUUUGAGAAAUCUAGGGUUUCGGUUUUAGAGGGUAUCUGCGGGCUCCCGAGAAGUUUAGGUGCUCUCUGGUUGCUCGCGUGCGGGAGCAUUUCGUCUCGACGAGGUCUGCUUUGCGUCUCUGACGGCGGAAAGAUGGAGCCUUUCAGCUGAAUCUGUUCUUUAGGUUUUGUGGGUGGAGGUUGGAUUCUUGUUUUGACCUGAAAAUUGCGCAUUGCAUCGGUAGGGCUGUCGUUAGACCUUGUGUUGCUAGGUUUGUUUUGGGGAGAUCCCUGAUAGAACUCGGAUUUCUCUGUCUCUGGUUGUCAAUUUCUCUUUUCGUCGAGGGGUUCCUGUACUUUUUUAGCUUUUGCUGGUCGGAGAUUCACUGUCUUUGUAACACUCUUGGCCGUAUGAUCUUGACUUGAGCUAGUGAAAUUAGGUGUGGAUCUGUUAGCAUUCUGCGUCGGUCCAAGUUAUCUAUUAUUUUUUUUUAUUAAUUAAGUUCAAAGGAGGUAAAGACACUAGCUUUAGUCAUUGUAAAUGCAUGGAUGGGAGAGAAGCCAUGGCUAUGUCUGGUGGGUCAGCUCAAUAUUUCAUACACAGAGGGGUGGCAUUAAGUGGAGCAGAAGCCAGUGGGUUGAAUGCCCCGCCAGUUUUUAGAGCAUUGGCGAAUCCUCAUGUUCAGGCUCAGUCCAAUGUCCGGUCCAGCUUAGGCGGACCGGUAUAUGUAGCUGAACCAUCCAAUGCCAAUUUCUCUCAUGGCAUCAAUGUGGCAAUGUCCUCUGCAAUGCCACCGAGUGAGCCGGUAAAGAAAAAGAGAGGGAGGCCUCGGAAAUAUGGGCCUGAUGGGAAGGUUCCUUUGGGGCUUUUGUCUAUGUCUGCUACACCUUCAAAUGCUUCUUCUGGGUCAAUUACAGAAUCUCAGAAACGGGCCCGGGGAAGGCCACCUGGAAGUGGGCGGAAGCAACGGUUAGCUGCAACUGGUGAAUGGAUGAACAGUUCAGCUGGAAUUGCUUUUGCCCCACAUGUGAUCACCGUUGGACCAGGGGAGGAUGUUGCUGCCAAGAUAUUAUCUUUCGCCCAGCAAAGGCCAAGAGCUGUAUGCAUAUUAUCAGGGAGUGGUACAGUUUCUGCUGUAACUCUACGGCUGCCUGCGUCUACUGGUGAAACUAUCACAUUUGAGGGCCGCUUUGAGAUAUUAUGCUUGUCGGGAUCUUAUUUAGUUGCUGAAGACGGUGGACCCCGCAACCGCACUGGUGGAAUAAGCGUUUCACUUUCGAGUCCUGAUGGGCAUGUCGUCGGUGGCAGUGUUGGGAUGCUUGUUGCAGCUAGCCUGGUUCAGGUUGUGGUGUGCAGUUUUGUAUAUGGCAAUUCUAAGCCAAAGAACAAAGAGGUGGCUGCUCAUGCAGUCGAUGAGGACACUAAACCUAAGAUUGCUGAUAAUAAAGCUAUAGUCCUGAGCAAUGCUCCUAAUCAAAGCUACACUCCAUCCCCGGUAGGCAUUUGGCCCGGCUCACGACAGCUUGAUUUGAAGAGCUUACAAACCGGCAUUGACUUGACCCGUGGUUGACGAAUUGACGCCUUGCUGCAACAGACACAUAUCAGAUUUUGUAUAUAUGUGUUGUUGUAUAUUGAACCGAAAUAUCUAGAUCAUAGAAUGUAGAAUUUGCCUUGAUAUUACGUUGGAGGCUGAUGGAUUAUUGCUAACUUAUUCUAGUGACAAGGUCCAUUUUCAUGUCAAGGAGCUAUGUUGUGUCUUUGAGGGUAGAGUUUCUUGUUUAAAAUGCUAAUCUGCAUCAACGUUUCUUUUGAU